AUGACCGUUCCUGUGGCCUCUCAUUACGGCAUGGUGGGUGCAUCGUUGCGCAGCGAGGUGCAACGCUGCUACAAGCUGCGAUCACGUGUUCCCCCGCCACCUAACGCCUUCAUGCAGUUCACGCAGGAGAAAAGGCGUUCGGUGGCCGCCACGCACGCGAACGAAGACAACGGGCGCCUUAGCAGCCGCCUGGCAAAGCUGUGGCUUCCUCUCCGCGCCGCCGACAAGGAGCCCUUCCAGCGCAAGGUGGCCGAAGCUGUCACCAGCCACCGAAGCAAGUACUCGGACUACGCGCACAACCCGCGUGAGGCCAGCCGGUGCAUGGAGCAGGAGCGCAUUGCCAAGCAGGUUACCAGCAAGCUGAAGAACGGCAGUUCCUGGGACAAGGAGCAGCAGCCGAGAACUUCCACGGUGGCGGCCCACGGCCGAGGCAGCCCGGAGUUCCAGCAGCAGCUGCAUCCGCCGCCAUUGCCGCCGACGCCAAGGAGCAAACACCGUGGUACCAUCAAUGCUUCUCCAGAUGGCGCUUCGGGCGCAGGUCAGAAAACUGUGGCUUGUAUGCCGACGGCCCCUGUCCCGGCCACGACCAAGGAUCUUGAAGGACACGUGGUGCCUGUAAAAGCGGCUGCCUUAAGACCCUUGGCUGAAUUGUUGAAGAGCCAGCGCAACACUUCCACAAUUAUGCUGAGCGGGCCUUGA